AUGGAAGGUGUGACUGUAGGGCGAGUGACUGUUUUACUGCUGCUGUCACCACUUCCCUGCCUCAUCCUGGCCAUUAUGGUCGAGUCCGUCCCGUUGGCGCCGCCUGGAGAUGGAGUGCGGGCAAACUGGGUCUUCCUCAUCCGCUUCGGCUUCGUGACGGGUUUUAUGGUCGGCUCGUUGCUUUACCAAAUGGGCAAGAACGUCCCCGCUCUCGUUGCGAUCUGCUUCGUGAUUAUCUGGGGGGAGAAAUUCAAGUCAAGCCCAACGAUUCAAAAGGAAAUGGAGCAGCAGACGACGGUGCUAAACUGCCAGUUAUCGCUCACUUUGGUCUACCCGAUGUACAUCUACGGGUUCACAUCGUUCACGGGCGUCUACCAGACCAUUUUCGUGAUUGUUCUGCCGAUUAUCAAGCUGAUAGCCAAGAACUGGAUCAGUCGCGCGCUUACAGGCCACAACGACUUGAAGCCCGAGGCCGUCAUUUUCAACGUGGAAGUGUUCAACGCUCUGUACAUCUCGAACGCUCUCCAAGUUGCGUCCACCCAAGCGUCGACAAUUACCAUCAUGGCGGUGGAUUUUCUACACUUUGGGCUCUCAAUGUACGACGUCUUGGAAAUCCUUCACGACGUGAAGGCUUUGAUGGCGAAGAUUCCCGAGGACCACCCGCACGCGAAAGACAAUUUUGUCCAGUUGGCGAUACACUUGCUGGAGAUCGAGACGCGACACAUGAGCAGGACAAUGAGCCACUUUGCGGACGCUUCGCACCCGAACUGGCGAGCUCAAGUGGAAGACUGGGUAAACUCCAAAGCCCCCACUGAAGAGCGUGCACACCACUACAUUGUGUACAACCUCCACAACCGCGCGUAUUACCCUAUGUUGGAGAGUCUUGCACCGUCGGAGUUUAUUUCGACUCUCUCGCAUGUUCUCAUUUACAGCUCAUUGGAGUUCGUCUCGCUGCUAGUUUCGAUCGUCGUUCUGAAGCGCACGUUGGGCUUUUCGUCCUUGCGCCAGCUAUCGUUCGUGUUGGAGAACCAGGCAGGCAUCAUACAGGGGAAGCUGCUCAUUCAUCUUAUUUACAUUAUGCAGAUUUCGUUGGUGCACAUCGGCGCAGAUUUCAGCUUCAAGUUUGCGUGGCUGCAUGCAUCUCGCCCGACCGAAUGA